GUGUGCGUGUGCGUGCGUGCGUGUGUGUCAGAUCCCGGACUUCCAUAGGAGCCCAAGUGAGCCAUCCUAUAAGUCACAUUAGCCCUUGAGGGAGCCUCCAUCAGAAGCCAUGCGGACACCGACGCUGCUGCUCCUGCUGCUGUUGCUGACCUUUGGGACCAUUCAGCAGAUGGUUCAUGCGCUGGAAGAUCCUCCACCGGUCCGUGACAAUCGUAGCUCCUCCGCAUUGACGGGGACAACGGUCGUCGUACUCGACAAGGUGACCAGUACAUCAUCUAACACCAUCCAGCUGUCAUCUGGAGCUCAACACUCUGAAGAUAUGAAUGUACAGGCUGAACCCACCGAGAUGACUUCAAUGGAUCCUGGAACCAGCAAAGCAAAAUCUUUGAUUCAGGAGCAAAAGCAAGGUGGUGAUGAUGAUGAUCGAGAUGCUUUACACGUUCAUCCCCUACGGAAGGGAACACCAACACUUUCCCCCCAUCAGGACUUAAUUCGAGCUCAUGUUCCAUCUGAUGCACUCGAGAAGAACACGUCGCUCUUGGCAAAUGUCGAGACGGCUAUAACAAGUCCUCACGUUCAGCCCGAGGGGCCUACAGCGUCAGGUCUCCCGAGUUCAGAGAGCUCUGCAAAAGUCAGAGACGCCACCUUGAAUGUUGGAAAUGUAGCUGGCAGCAGCCGUUCGCCAGCUAGUGAUGGAGGCUUGUCACCACCGACAGAGGAUCCCCUAGUCUCUCCUCUUCUGGUCUUCCGAGCAAAAGGAGAGGUAAUGUCUCCGGAGAGAAAAGCAGAGGAGAAUUUUGCUGUACCAUUCCCGAACCAGAAUAUAUCCGCUACCGCUCCCAGCAGAGAAGCAGGAAGUCCUCGAGAGGGAGAAGUGGAGGAUGAGGAAGAUUAUAAAGAGAACCUGGGAGACAAGUUGGGAACAGAAGUGGAACAAAGGCUGCAAGAGCUUCCUGGAAUGGGCAGAGAUGAAGAUGGUGAAGACUUGAGAGUAAAGGAGGAGGAGGAUAAAGAGGCUGACAAUAACAUCCCGAAGAAAUAUAAAUCACAAUUAAUUGACAAUAUUACUACGUUGAGCCCCGGAGAGUCUAAGCAAUCACGGUGUAAAUCUCCACAGAAGGCUCCUGCAACGGUCAACCAGCAUACUCCAGACUCGCCCGAUCAACAACCAUUCAGUCCUGGGCCCCGAGGUCAAAUGGGCCUGCAGGGACCAACAGGUCUACCAGGACUGCCAGGACAAAAGGGAGACAAAGGUUAUCCAGGAGUGAUGGGAAGAACUGGACAUACUGGAUACAUGGGACUCACUGGUCCACCCGGGAUGCCCGCCAUUGUUGUAUUUAAAACAUCUGAGGAAGAGUGGGAAGCUUUUAAGAAAAAGAAAUUCUACACAAAGCUGAUUUCUUCAUGGCCGAAGCUAAAAGGGCCUCCGGGACCUCCUGGGCCUCGAGGAAAUCCAGGACCAAUUGGAUUGCCUGGAAUUCCAGGGAAGCAAGGUUGGAAAGGAGUUCAAGGAAAAAUCGGUGUCCCCGGGCCACAGGGUAUACCGGGGCCACAGGGUCGACCUGGCAAUGACGGGACUCCGGGGAAGAAUGCAGAACCAGGACCGCCAGGCUUGCCUGGAGAACAGGGUCCCCAAGGCUACAAAGGAGACAAAGGCAGCAAAGGGGAGCCGGGUGAGUGGGGCUACGAGGGGGAGCCUGGACCACAAGGCAAGAGAGGUGGAAAAGGACACAAGGGGGGUAAAGGUGUCAGGGGCACCAUUGGAGUUCCUGGUUACUUGGGAGUAGUAGGAGCCAGGGGUCCUCCAGGUUUCCCUGGAACAUCAGGACCACGGGGAACAACUGGUGAGAUGGGCUUUUGUGGACCACCAGGCCCACAUGGCAAAAUGGGCCCAAGAGGAGCAAAAGGCGUCCCGGGAGUAAAGGGACCUCCAGGUCAACAAGGUGAAAUUGGACUGAGAGGAGAAGUCGGACCACAGGGAGAACCUGGUCCACUGGGAACUGUUGGAUUUCUGGGCAUACGCGGCCCUCAGGGGAACCCAGGACCUGUUGGACCCCCAGGUCCAAAGGGAGACCCUGGUGGGUCAGGCGAUGAAGGAGACAUAGGAGAACCUGGACCCGUUGGUCUUUAUGGAGCCAAUGGGAAUCCAGGAUUGCCUGGACCCUCAGGUGAUCCAGGGGCGAAAGCCUUACGCAGUGCAAGAGGUGAUCAAGGAUUUAAGGGAGACCAGGGGCCCCCAGGUCCUCCGGGUAAGAUGGGAUGCAAGGGACGUCGUGGGCCCACGGGACUCGAGGGACUCGGAGGGCCAACAGGACCAACGGGACAUUCUGGACCCAGCGGGAUGGAUGGUAUCAUGGGAGAGGGAGGCAAGCAAGGCAAAGAUGGGCCAAAGGGAGAUCGAGGGACUGCAGGCAUUCAGGGAACUCCUGGAUCAAGAGGCAACAAGGGUCGAGAGGGUCGCUCAGGAUUUUCGGGAAUCCCCGGCCCAUUUGGACAGAUGGGAAAAUCCGGAGAACCAGGGCCCGAAGGACAACCUGGUAUUAAGGGGAGGCCAGGAGUCCCAGCUACUAGUGGACUAAAAGGCGUAAAGGGUUUACGAGGUUAUUCAGGUGUCACAGGACAAGAUGGAAUUGAUGGAGCCAUGGGACCUGUUGGUGCAAAUGGAGUAAUUGGAGAAACGGGACCUACAGGUCCAAAAGGAUUUCCGGGGAAGACAGGAGCAAGUGGCCUCCAGGGACUUGUAGGUUUGCAAGGAGAACCCGGAAGUCCAGGAAUGAAUGGAACACCUGGGAAACUGGGAAAGACGGGGACAAAAGGAAAAGAAGGCCCGAAGGGAUUAGUUGGGGUGGAAGGUGAAAAGGGCAAGCGGGGUGAAAAAGGUCCAAAAGGCCAACCGGGCUCCCCAGGCAAGAUUGGCAUGACUGGACCACGUGGACACUCGGGACCUGCAGGUAUACAGGGUAACAUUGGUCCAUGGGGGGAGGUCGGACCACGAGGCCCUCCAGGUGAACAGGGGACACGGGGGGCAGUUGGCCCCAAUGGCAUUAUAGGUUAUCCUGGUAAAGAUGGACCUCAAGGAUCGAUUGGCCCACCUGGAGUCAAAGGUGACAAGGGAACUAAAGGGGCUGCGGGAGAGGAGGGGCCAGCAGGUCUCGAUGAACCCUUCUCCAAGGGUCUAACUGGACACAGAGGGGCUGAGGGACCACCAGGACAAAAUGGCACAUCAGGUGAUAAAGGAACCGAAGGCCCCCCUGGUCAAAGAGGCCCAAAGGGAGCUGCAGGUGACCACGGUGUUCGAGGUCCCCCAGGAGAAAAGGGCCCUCCAGGGAAACAGGGGCAUACUGGUGUACAGGGGGACAGAGGCAAGCGAGGAUUUCCUGGACUCAAGGGACUGCCAGGUCAAAGGGGUCUCCAGGGUAUGCUUGGACACUUUGGACCAGGGGGAGACACUGGAAAACCCGGAAGCAAAGGCCAAAAGGGUCUUCAGGGACACACUGGAUCUCCCGGUCUCAUCGGACCCCCAGGCCUGACCGGACCCUCAGCACCAGGUGUUUCAGGCAAGAGGGGACCUGAUGGCAAAGCUGGGAAUACAGGACCAAAGGGAAUUAGUGGAAAGAAGGGUGACCUUGGUCCUCCAGGCGUUAUAGGAGACAUGGGGAGGAAGGGUGAAAAGGGAGAAAAAGGAGAGCCUGGAACUCAAGGCACAAGGGGCAAACUGGGAAGAAUAGGAUUUAUUGGCCCUCCUGGUUUGAAAGGUCAACCUGGACCUGCUGGUCCCCGUGGUCCUACUGGAAACAAAGGAAUUCAUGGGGUAAUGGGAUUAACAGGCCACCCAGGUAAUAAAGGGAAUAAAGGACUGCCAGGAAAAACUGGAGUUGGAGGCCCACCAGGGAAGCCAGGACCUGUGGGGGGACGUGGAAUACCUGCAAGUAUCCCCAUUGAGGGUUUGGACGGUUUGGAUGGUUUACAUGGGGUUCAGGGUAAUGAAGGCUAUCCAGGAAAUACUGGCCACACAGGAGCACCUGGCCUACCGGGCAGGCCUGGUAAGCAGGGAACACCUGGACCACCUGGUCUGAGGGGGAAAACUGGAACACAAGGCAUUAAGGGCAAAACUGGACCAGCAGGAGAGACAGGACCGCCUGCACCAAUUGGGCCGAAGGGUAUCCGUGGACUGGAAGGAGAGAAGGGUGAUACAGGAGCCAGUGGUUCCAAGGGUCUCCCGGGUGAAAGAGGAUUACAGGGACCAGUUGGCCCAGCAGGGAUAAAGGGUGGUUCUGGUCGGGAAGGUGCCAAAGGUGUAACGGGGCAGAAAGGAAAGCAGGGGUUUACUGGUCCUGGUGGUCCACCUGGACGGGAAGGGCCCCCUGGACAACCUGGCGUGCUUGGACCGAAGGGAAUGAAAGGUAUCCAAGGCACCGGUGGAACUAAGGGAGUUAAGGGCAAGCAAGGACCUCCAGGAAAAGCAGGUUUACCAGGCAAAGGAAGACCCAGUUCAAAAUCUGAGAAUAGACCAGUUGAAGGAUUAAAAGCUUUAGCAAAAUCCAGCAAAGAAUAUAAAUCUGAUGCCAGACACAAAUCAACAGCUGUAAAGAUACAGGAAGGACAGCAAAACGAGCCUAGUCCAGUGAGUACUGAUAUGAAACCGCAUCUAGAAGAUGAAGCAGAUGAUGAAUCUUUCAGCUGGCCCAAAGGCACGAAAGAGGACCCUGGCACCUCCUGCUAUGAGCUGGGUCUAAUAUACCCACAUUUCAAUAAUGGUUACUUUUACAUGGACCCCAACCAAGGUUGUCCCUACGAUGCUUUGAGAGUGUUUUGUAACUUCACAGAAGGAGGAAGCACCUGCAUUGACCCGCUCCAGUCGCAGAUAACAUUCAGUUGGGAUUUAGAAAAGCACCCAUCAAGGACAUCAUCAAUCCACUGGUUUAGCCAGCAACAUGGUGGAAACAAGUUUGAUUACCUUGGAGUCGAUGUCGUCCAGCUGAGGUUUCUCCGUUUACACAGCCACACAUCUUUCCAGCGUAUUACGCUAAGGUGGACAUCAAACCACUUUGUGACGGAUCGCACAAGCAACUUUGUCCACUUACUGGGAGACUCCUGUAAAGAUAUCCAUUCGCACCAUACCACAGUGUCCACACAAGGAUGUGAGGUAGAGAUAAUCGUGAAGGUUUGGGGCAGCACGGAGCUACAUCGAGGUGAUAUGGAGUUACUUCCUAUCAGAGAUCUGGGGAUAGCAAUGGCAUCGCAAUGGGCGCAAAUCCCCGAGAUCACUGCUGAGUUGGGGCCCCUCUGCUUUUUGUGAUGAACAGGUGUUUGGGUGUAUGCUAUUUGGUAAAGUAUUGGCCCCCUUCUCAAAUUCUCAUUUUUUUUCAGAGUUUCCCUACUUUAAUGUUCAAGAUCAUCAAACAAAUGUGAAGUUAAAUUUCUGUUUUUAAAUGGUAAUUUCAUUUAUUAAGGAAAAUGAAUUUUAGUGACCUGGCACUGUGUGAAAAAUGUAGUACCCCAUCCUCCCUCCCGAUAAAUCAUGAAUUAAUUGUGGCUCGUCACAAUUUCAAUUCCUCGUCACCAUUUUCAUCACACCCUACCCUGAUUAACUCCAGACCUGUUGAAUCAAGAAGUCACUUAAGCAGAAUCUAUCCUGACAAAACCAAGUCAGACAAUAGAUUCAACAAAGCUGCAACAAAAUUACAUGAUCCAAAGAAGUUCAAGAAAUAAAGUAAUAUCACUCUGGAAAGGUUUAGGACUCCAGCAAACCAUAGCGAGAGCCAUUAUCGUCACAGUGGUGAACCUUCCUAAGACUGGCCGGCCUACAAAUAAUUACCCCAGGAAAACAGUAAUGACUCAUCCAGGAGGCCACAAACGAACUCGGGAUAACUUCUAGAGACAUGCAGAUCUCCCUUGCCUCAGUUAGGAUUUGUGUGUGUUCAUGACACAACAGUAAGGAAGAAACUGGGCAAAAAUGGCAUCUAUGGUAAAGUUCCAAGCUGAAAACUGCUGCUGACCAAAAAGAAGAUAAAGGCUUGUUUUACUUUUUGGGGGGGGACAGAAUAAUUCCAAAGCCCUUCUGGAAAAAUUACAGGCAAUGACGAGAGGAAAAGUUUGAAAGUUUUCUAUCGUAACAUUUGGCAUAAAUGUAGCACAGCAUUUUUUUUUUUAAAAAAUCAAUAUCACACAAACAGUCAAUUACGGCGCUGGUAGUAUGAUGGCCUGGAGCUGCUUUUCUCCUUCAGGACCUGGACACUUUGCUGUGAUUGAUCCAACGAUGAAUUCUGCUCUUUAGCAAAAAAAAAAUCAUGGAGAAUGUUCAGCCAUCAGUUUGUGAGCGCAAGCGGAAACGCACUUGGGUUCUGCAGCAGGACAACAAUCCACAACGCAUCAGCAAGUCAACUUCUGAACGCUUAAAAGAACAAAAUGGUUUUCGGAGUGGCCUAGUCGAUGUCCAGACUUAAAUCGGAUUGAAAUGGAGUGGCAUGACGUUAAAACGGUCAUCAAUGCUCAAAAUCCCUCCAUUUCUGAUGGCUUCAAACAAUUCCUCAGUUGGGUUAUAGUUUUCUGAUGUUUACAUUUUUUUUUAUGGUUUUAAACAAAGUGAGGAAACUAAAUAUAAGAAUUUGAGAAGGGGGAGAAUACUUUUUCACAGCACUGUAUGUUUAAUAAAAACAUCUGUAAAUAAUUCAAUCGAAGAGAUGUAUGGUCGAUGUAUAUUAGCGCUGCACUCUAAUUUUGUACAUAUUUAUUGAUUUUACAUUGUGAAAGGUGGCUACGUUAGAACUUUGACAAAAUAUUCACAGAGGGUUGGAUGUUCUGUAUGUUUGUUUCUGUGUAUGUGGGUUUUUUUUUAUAUGGAAUAUCAAAAUAAAAUGAUUACUUGGAACACCAAUAAAUUCAA